AUGGGUGAUAUAAAGGGACAAGUAGUAGCUGGUGUCAAUGGCCGAGGAAAUCGAUUGGAUCAAUUGAAUUGUCCAACUGAUGUGUUGAUCGACAAAGAGACGGAUAGUCUCAUUAUUUGUGAUCGAGAGAAUCGACGAGUCGUUCGAUGGUCUCGUCGUAGUGGUACAACACAAGGAGAAAUCCUCAUCGACAACAUCGCUUGUUGCGGAUUGGCCAUGGAUGAUCAGAGAUAUCUCUACAUCUCUGACACUGACAAACAUGAAGUGAGACGAUAUCAAAUAGGAGACAAGAAUGGAACUCUUGUGGCUGGUGGCAAUGGCAAAGGUGUUGGUCUCAAUCAACUCAACUGUCCGUACUACAUCUUUGUCGAUCAACAACAGACUGUCUACGUGUCAGAUUGGAACAAUCAUCGUGUAAUGAAAUGGAAUAAAGGUGCAAAAGAAGGAAUUGUCGUCGCUGGAGGUCAAGGCCAAGGGAAUGCUCUGACACAAUUGUCGUGUCCUCAAGGACUAUUCGUCGAUACAUUGGGUACCAUCUAUGUAGCAGACUCGGUGAAUGAUAGAGUGAUGCGUUGGCCUAAAGGAGCGAAACAGGACACUGUCAUUGUGGGUGGAAAUGGUGAAGGAGAAGGAGCAAAUCAGUUCAAGGUUCCCAUCGGUUUGUCCUUCGAUCUACAUGGCAAUCUCUAUGUCGUCGAUUGGAACAAUCAUCGUGUUCAACGCUUUUCAAUCGAAUAGACUCGUCGUGAUUGAUUUUUUUUGCGUUCCUUUCUUUUCAAAUAAACCCCAUUGAAUUGAUGAAAUGAAUGGCUUAUUCUAUUCGCGCGCGCGCGACCAGGAACCAUCGUGGCGGAGCCGUGGCGAGCGUAACGCUCAUGCACGCACAGGACAGACUCAUAUCAUUCAUACCCUUCCCGCGAGAGAUAUUCCAAUGAGUCUGAAUAAGCCUGGUCGUGUGCCACGGAUACCAAGACAGUUCCUGGCCGGGUUUUUAGGGCCUACCCGGAAGGCCUGUAACUAACGGGGACCUAAUCUCAAUCGACAUAACUCACCCCUUUCCCCUACUAACACUCUUUUCUCAGUCACUCUAUUCCUCUCCUCAAUCUCAAUAUUACACUAUCUAAUCUCAUCUCCCUCUCCCCUAUUCUAUCUCAAAAAAAAAACAUUACUCAUCCUGUUUUGAUGUUGAUUACGGCGCGAUGAUAUUGAGAACUAGAAAGAACAAGAAAAAAAAUUAAUUUAAUGUUAUAUAAUGAAAAAAAAAGAAUGAGUUAACUUACCCCACUGUUAUCUACUCAUAGUUGAAAAUAUUCAUCGAACCUAAGACAAAAGAAAAAAUAAAUAAAUUAAAAUGAUUAUAGGAGGUCUUACUUCACCAUCCUUAUAAUCGUUAAAUAAAAAAAGAAAAAAAAUUAAAACUGAUAUCUACAUUUUUUUUUAUUGUGUGGCUUGAUCUUGAUUUGAUUAAUUUUGCAUUAUCGAGGCCAAUCUAAAACAGAAAAAGAAAAAUGAUUAUUAUUUGAUUCAAAAAUUUGAAUGAUUUUACAUAGGAAAUCAUUCCUAUAUAUACCUUGAAAAAUCAUUUUUUUCUCUCGUCGAAAAUGAAUUAAAAGUUGAUUUCAAAAAGGUUAAUUGAUAUACAUAUUUCAUUGUACAUGUUGAUCAUUGAUCGUCAAUGAUAACAACAUGAACAAUGAUUUAUGGACGAGCCAAAAGUCAAAAAAAAAAAGAAAAUUCCUUUCUUAACAUAUAUUUCUUUCCUUUCUCUCUUGUUAACAUUAACAUAUACAGUAAAACCUCUUUAAUCUGAGCGCCAUCGGGACCGGCAAAAAGUGGUCAGUUUAAGGAGGUGCUCAUUAUUCGGAGAUUUGCAGAUUCUCUCA